AUGACAUCUGUUUCCUCACCAGAUCCUACUAUCACCAAACUUUGUUCCCAAUUCGAUGAAAAUUUGAAGAUUCCAGUGGAAUCAAAACGAUACAUUGAAGCUCUCGAUUUACUAUUCCAAAAUACAUACAAAGAAACAAAUUCACAAAUUGAACAGAUUUUAACAAGAUCUUAUCAAGAUCAUUCAGAAACACGUCAACAUUUACAGAAAUUAAUUAACAAAAACGUUUCUAAGGCAUUGAAUUUAUUUGAAACAUUAUCCACACAAACAGUACAUGUUCUCAUUGGUAGUUUCCCUAAUUCUAAGCAAUCCAUUCUUCUACUCUCUGAACUACAAACUAGAAUCCAUUACGGAGAAGAUACGCAUUCCAAAUAUUUAUUAAGUUGUAUUUUACAAUUAUUAAAUAAGUAUGGGAAUGAAUAUAUUUGGGGUGAUGUAUCGUUUUUAAUCAAGGCAAUAUGUUUCCGAAUGAAUGAACCUGAGUUUAAAUCCAUAGGAUUAAUAGUAUUUAGUCAAUUGAAUAAAUUAUUCCCAAAUGAAUUUAAAGAUCGUGUUUUAACUUUGGUGGAUGCUUUAAUUACAGAAGUCGGUGCCGAUGUAGGCAAUGAUCCAGUUACUAUCAUCAUUAAUAUGCUAACUAAAUUAUAUCCAGUAAUGCCCACUUUAUGUUCAGAUAUAUUCCUAGGGAAAGGUUUAGAUGAUAUCUUUCAAGAACGGAUCAAGGAAACUGGACCUACUGGAUUCGGCGAUGAAGAUUUCAUUAAAAAUUUAUUAAGGUUAUUAUCUAUUGGAUGUAUCGAUGAAAAUGUAAGAACUUACAUUAGUGAAAAUUAUAUGCCAGUUUUGGAACAAUCUUUAAAGGAUCCAAGAUUCAGACCUUAUUCAUGUUUGGUUCUUAUUAAAACAUGGUCGUUUUCCAAAUUGAAUAAUGUGACGAUUAAUGAUCUAACUACGAUCUUAUUGCGUUCUUUUCUGAAUGAAGAAGAAAAAGUGGUAGAAGUGGAUAAAAAUGAAUCAACCUCGACUACUCCAUUCGAAUCAGAGGAAGAAGAAGAAAAAAUAUCUAUCGUUAUUGAAGGCUUGGCGUACCUGACACUAAAACCAUCAAUUAGAAUACUCUUAAGAGCACAUCAAAUAUUUUGCCAAAAGAUGGUUGAUUUAUUAUCAGACUUACAAGGUUUUAAGAAAAAUAAAAAUAAAAAUAAAAAUAAAAAUAAAAAUAAAAAUAAAAAUAAAAAUGAAGAAACCGAAGCAAACUUGUUAACUAACAGAGAAGUCGGUGACUCAAUUAUAUAUGGUAUUCUUGCAAUCUUAGCAAAUAUGUCAGAGUCUCCAAAUGACAAAUCUUCAGGUGGCUCCAUGGAUCAUAAAUCUAUAAGAGAUCUUAAAACAUAUUCCGAAUUGAAAAAUCCAAAAGACACAGAAGAAGGUUCAGCAACGAAAGAAAAUCUGGAUGAUGUCAUUAGGUUUAAUAAACUAUAUCUUUUUGAUUCUGAGUUAUUAUCUAAUUUGAAAACCAAACUAGGUAAGCUGAGUCCAAAUUCAAGACAGCAAUAUAUUCGAAUAAUUUAUAAUGUCACUCGUAAUAGAUGUUGUAUUCAGAAAUGCAUAAUGCAUGGAUGUACCACAGCAAUUUUGGAAUAUUUAACGAACAAAAAGACAAGGGUAGAACCAAUAAGGAUAUUGGCAUUAAGAGCUUUAACAAAGAUGCUGGUAUAUACGGAUCCCUCCUUAAUAUUCAAGAAAUAUUCCCCAUUAAAUGCAAUCCCCUUUUUAUUCGAAUUGUUAGGUCCUUCGUCAUCAUCCACUGGAAGUCCAUUAUUUUCCGAUGAUGUCGUCACCGUCGUUGAUUCUUAUGAAUCCCUUUUGGCUUUGACCAAUUUGGCUUCAACACCAAAUUCCGAUGGGGAAGAUGUUUGUAAACAACUUGUGACUGAUCAUAGCUACUGGAAUACUAUUGAAAAUCUGAUCCUUGAUGAGAAUAUUUUAUUACAAAGGUCUACAUUAGAACUAGUAUCAAAUUUAAUGAGUCAUCCAUUACCUAUUGCUGCUAAAUUUUUCAAUUUUGAAAACCCUCAAAGUUUAAGAAAUUUCAACAUUUUAGUUAAGUUACUUCAAUUAGAUGACAUUCAAUCACAAAGAGCUGUCGCAGCAAUAUUUGCAAAUAUUUCAAGCACUAUCCCAUUUAUUGCACAAGAGCUAUUAAAGAAAGAUGAACUUAUCUCCACAGCAAUUGAUGUAUUCAUUGAACAACUGGAUGAUACAGAGUUAAAACAAAGAUUCAUCAUGUUUUUCUGCUCUAUUUUUGAGUUUUUACCAACCAAUGAAUCGAGUAAUGAUGAUGGUGAUGAGGUCAAUGGUAUCGGUAUAAAAUCAAUUCCAUUAUUGACUAAAAAUCUAGAAUUGAAACAAGCGUUCGAGAGAAUAGUGGAAGUGAAUGAUAUGGACAUGGAAUACAUAGAUGCUUUACAAUCAAUGCUUACUAAAUUUGAUGUGUAG